GGAAGCCUGUUUCUAGGAGAAGGAGAGGGCGGUGAUGGACCGAGGCCUUUUCCUUUUUCUUCCUUGCCUAUUUAAGGAAGAAGGAGCCUACCAGCUGUUAGGGAUUGUGGGAGUUGAAGUCCAAAAUAUCUGGAGGGCCUAAUUUGGCCCAAGCCUGGUUUAGAGGGCAUGCUGAAUAAGUUUGCAGUUGAGACCACAUUAGGAGGGAUGGCAGGGGACAGGAUCAAAGUUCACAAUGGCCUCAACAGAUUAGGGAGAUGAUUGGCCAAAACCAAUGCAAUGAAUUUCAACAAGGACAAAAGUAGGAUGUUACUCUUAGGCAGGAAAAACGAAAUGCAAAGAUACAAGAUGGGUGACACAAAGAAUCCCAUGUGAAAAAGAUCUUAGAGUCUUCGUUGAGAACAAGGUGAACAUGAGCCAAGGAUGUGACGCAGCAGCUCCAAAAGCCAAUGGGAUUUUGGGCUGCAUCCAUUUUGGGCUUCAAAUGGUCCAGCAGGCAGCAGCCAGGUUGUUAACUGGAGCAGUGCUCACGGAGCACACAACUCCACUGUUGCGUCAACUCCACUGGCUGCCAGUUUGCUACCGGGCACAAUUCAAAGUGCUGGCUUUAGGCUAUAAGGACCUAAACGGUUCAGCCCCAGCUUACCUGUCCGAACGUAUCUCUCCCUAUGAAUCAUCUAGGAAUCUAAGAUCGUCUGCUCUCGAUCCUGCCUUCUUCCCAGAUGCGCCUGGCGGGGACAAGAGACAAGGCCUUCUCAGUGAUGGCCCCUCGGCUGUGGAACUUCCUCCCUAAGGAUAUUAGAUCAGCCCUUUCCCUUCUGACCUUCUUUGAACAAGCCUUUGGAAAUGCAGUGCAAUAGACAAACACAGAAAUAUGUAACACUGAAACAUGGAACGGCUUAGACAAUGCUACUGGAAAAUGAAAUUAACAGGAAGACAUUGACAUGGAUCCCGAAGAUGCAGGAGAAGCGGCAGCUGAGUUGCAAGGCAAAACCGUGGAUGGCUGGGGCCUCUUCCAGAUUGCUGCCGGCACCGGCUUGACUGCUUACGUCGUCUGGGCAGGGAUUCUUAUGCCAGGAUUCCGCAAAGUGCCUUUAAAGCUGCAGGUGCCUUAUGUUCCAGCAAGUAUCAAGCAAGUAGAGAAUGUCAUGUCACUGCUGAAAGGACGCUCAGGAAAGAUGGUUGAUUUGGGAUCCGGAGACGGCAGAAUUGUAUUGGAGGCCUACAAGCAAGGCUUCAGGCCAGCCAUCGGCUACGAACUCAAUCCAUGGCUUUUGCGAUGGUCCGGCUAUCGUGCCUGGAAGGCCGGCUGCUACGGAAAGGUCUCUUUCCUUCGAGAAGAUCUUUGGAAGGUGAAUCUCUCAGACUGCAAGAAUGUCACAGUGUUUCUGGCUCCCAGUGUGUUGCUGCUUCUGGAGAGGAAGCUGCUUCUGGAACUUCCAGAGGAUGCUCGCGUUGUUGCAGGCCGCUUCCCUCUCCCCAACUGGAUCCCAACCACAACAGCUGGAGAAGGAGUGAACCAAACCUGGGCUUAUGAUAUCAAGAUGAUACGGGGAAUUCAGCAGGACAAAUCAGAUGGAAGCCCAGUCUAAGAACUGGCCAGCUUAGAAAGUUAUGAUUGCAAAGAGGCUAUUGUUGAGCCUUUGGACUCCAUAGUGGGAAGUGGAGAUAUGAACUCCUCCUGCCACCUUCCUCCCAAAGAAAUCAUUUGAACUGGGAUUUUUCCCAUUAGAACAAAGCUUUCCAGACUUUACUGUAUCAGCUGCUAGCUGCAAGUGUGUCGCACGAAUUUAAUGAGAAAUUUCUGAAUCUAUGUGAAAUAAACAAUUUUUGAAAAUAUAAAUGGAAGAUUUUCACAAGA